AUGCCAGCAACUACGUUGACGGCCAUCUUGGUGACUCUGCUGGGCGGAACUGGCGUUUUAUUACUGUGCAUACUGGCCUUUCAAUACGCCUUGCUGACUCAAAACCCCAAGAUUGCUCCGCGAUGUACCGCUCGACCACCCGAAACUAUUUCUAAUAGAUGGGCCGAACGAAAUGAUCCCCUGCAUGCUCAACAUCGAUGCGGCGGAAAUUGGGUCAGGUGGGUGAUGGGACUAUCAGAAGCUACACUUCUGCAUGGAGUUCCUGGAACGGGGACGAGGAAGGGUGGAGUAGAGGGAUCACUGUUAUAUGUCACAUUGGAUUGCAUUGUCUUGAUACGAUUUCAUCGAUUGGGUCGAAAGGUUUCCACAUUGGCCACGGUAUUAUGCAUAUUUGUACUAAUGCCACUGUACAUUACAACGCCGCAACCGAGACAUUUGGUCCCGGGUAUGUUGGAGGUUCCAUCCUUUUCGCAUGCCAGUGCCAUAGAAGAAGGAAACGCAUCGUGGUCAUCAUUGAAUAAUCUCAUCGACUGCACUCGAGACUAUACCACCAAUAUGCUCUCGUGCAAUAAUUCCACCUGGUUCUUGGAGAAAGAACAAAAUCGAUUGCAACAUGAGCAACAACGAAACUUCUAUCGACGGACCACAAUGGGCAACGUGCCAAAUCUUUACUUCUUUCGGCGAGAGCAAUCUCAGCACCGCUUUCACCAAGAACAGAUCUCUAAAACCACUGUGAAUGCAACACUAGACUUGUCUGACCAGGUACCCGAUGACGCCAUUGUCUUUCGAUUACGUGCCGCAGUCUUGGUUGUUUGGCUCGUUACAAUUUACUCCUUUUAUUUGCUCACGAAAGAAUGGACGGAAAUGGUUUCCUUACGGCGAAUAUGGUAUUUGGAACAACGCAAGUGGGUACGAGAUACUUCGGUUGCGGCCUUGCCGACGCCGAAAGCAUUUCAAUCAAAUACUACUCCCUCGAAAUCAAAGAACUUUAGUGGCGGCUCCACUGAUGAAGAAUCAGUAACUACCGAAAAGCGGAACUUUGAUCGACGCAGGAUGAGCAUCAGCCAAAUUCCCAUGGCCGAGUCGGAAUGGUACCGAGGGUUUUCCAAUCUUCAGUACAAUGGCGACUCGUUUGACGAAGAUGAAGAAUCGAGACAUAUUGACAAUGAUCAUUUGCAAUUGAAAGAUCGCGAAGCAUGGAUUCCGCAUCCAGAACAACCAGAUACGCCUCCAAACAUUGAACCGUACAGUGUUCUGAUUGGGCCCCUGCCAAAGGUAACAAGGUUCGCGCCGAAUGAUGGUGACAUUAGUCCUUUCCAUCUCAAAGAGGAAGAGUCAAAUUCGGAUCUUCCCUACCCCCAACAGCUCUUGCUCAACAGCAUUAUACAUCAGUUGGAAGGAGAACUACCGCAUGAACCAGGCUACUCCAGUCCCAUUUGUGCCGUUACGGUGGUGCCGACGGCAAAGGAGGUUGGUCCAGUCUGGAUGGUCUGGUAUGACACCCUGAAGAAGCUCCGCCGGCUGCUAUUUAUCAGGAAGCAAAUGAAAAACCUCGGAUAUUUAGUGGAUGAGGAUUUACUCGGCAGUGAAGUUCAUAGUGACAUGCAAGGUUCUGCAAUCAUGACGGAAACUUCGGAAAGUGCGGACGACAAGAAAAGCCCUAAUCUGUAUAUGGAGGAGGUCUUUGGAACGUAUCUACUCGAUGAUGACUGGAUUGAAACAGCGCAGACAAAACUGGGUCCCGAGCAACUUGCUGUGUACUCCCGGGAAUUAGCCCAGGCAGCAGCACCUUGCUGUCCAUACGGCUGCUUCGAAGGUCAAGUACGAGGGGCGAAUCUCACUAGGUUGAAGCAGCUACAUGAACAGCAGAUCUUAAUACUUGCCGAUGCAAAAGAAGAAUUGCAACGGAUUCAAAAAGACUUCAUGUUCCAACCAACACUCUUGGAUGAUGGCGACGAUUUAUUAUUUCGAGAAGAUGAUAUUGGGGAUGGGGAAGGAUUAUCUCUGCUCCGUCCAUCGAGUGAUAACUACUUGUCAGAUGGGCACAGAAACUCAUCGAUGAGCGGAAAUGGCGUCAUUGCUCGGAAGAGAAGUUUCGCUGCUCGUUGCCUCUCCAGAGGGCGAAUAUUCGAGGGAGAUGAGGAAGAGGAUGAUGCUAUUGGCACGGUCGAAAUGGUUGCUGCUGGAUCGGCAGCAAAUCGAACAAUAUCUCCCACCAGCACGAGACGGCAGCGAUCAAAGAAAGGAUUGCGAUGGGUGUUGAACUUGGUGAACCGAAUUCCAUUUCAACAAAUGUUUGAUCAAUUUAGUUUCCAUGUCAUGGAACUGCUACGAACAUACAAAAGCCCAGCUUCUUGGAAAGGACUGUUUUUUCGAUGCUGGAAGAAUUGGGAUCACGAAGACCCCUAUGUGAUUGUCACAUUUACGUCGAGACGAGCAGCGGCAGCCGCCAGACAAUCACUGUCAUCCUCUGGAGUCGAACUCAACGAUAUUCCGGUGGCUCCUCUUGCAGAUGCAGGGGCGCUACGUCUACUACCGUUCCGAUUCUUCUGUCGACCAGUUACCGUCACCGUCAAUGCCUUCCAGAAAGGAUUCCGAUGGUCAAUGGUGUUCGGAUUUCUAGUGCUCAUGUGCAUUUUCUACACGAUUCCAUUGACUCGCGCGGCAAAUCGACUGGACCCUGAUACUAUUGCUUAUCUUUUUCCACAGCACGACAAGAUAAAGAGCACAACCGGUGUCAGCCUACCAGAUCUUCUUUCAGGUCUUACGACAUCAAUCAUAUGGUCAUUAUUUUUUAUGCUCUGUCCACAAGUAUUCAAGCUAGUUGCUUACUUUGGAUCAAACGCAACUUCGCUGGCGCAAGCAGAACGAUGCGCUCACCAAUAUUUCUGGUGGUUCAUGCUAUUUACAGCGUUUGCUGGUCCAAUGUUGGCAUACUGGGUUCUUGGAGCCAUCUACUACAAGGACGACAGUUUGCAGGGAGGGCUACGAAAGAUGUUACUUGCCAUUGCGGGUACAACGCCAACUACGAUUGCGGCUACAUGGAUCAAUUGGAUCAUUUAUCGAUUCACGAUAAUUCUGCCAAUCAAUUUUUUGCUCCAAUUCAACACAUUUAUGUUUGCCUGUCUUGGAUGCAAUUGUUGCUCACGGCUAACAAUUGGUGGCGGCCCAGGUGGUCCCACACCGUAUCGGCUUUUUAUCGACUCUGGGGUGGUUCUCAUGUGUUGCGUUGCGCUAAGCCCAGCUUCGCCGCUUGUUGCACCUGCGUCACUAGCUUACUUUGCCCUCUUGGAGCCGUUGCUGCGCCGAAAUUCCAUUUUUGUCUAUCGUCAAAGAUACGAUGAUGGUGGGAUGAGGUGGAUUUUCGUGUUUGAUAUGAUCAUCAGUCUAUUGAUCGUUGGACAACUUCUUCUUUCCCUGCAGAUGGUGCUAAAGACGGCAUAUGGCUGCAGCUUUAUUUCAGCUCUGUCAAUUCCGACUACUCUCUCAUUCCAAUGGAAUGUCAAGAAGCGAUACAAACCCUCUUUUAUGAAUACUGCUCUUCUUCGAACAAACCUCUUGGACGGGAAGGAAACUUUGGACGAAAUGACUAUUGAACGACGGGAAGAACAUCGUCGAUACUUGGUUGAUGCCCAUCGCGCUGCAUAUAUACCAGCUUGUCUCUCGGGAACCGUGUGCCAAGAAGCCUUGACUGCCGCCCCUGCCGUUGUGAUAAAAGACAGAAUCAUUGAUUCCAGGGGCAGUGAAGAUAGUCAUGCUUUGAGGGAGAUCGCAAGCGCAGUUUUUCCCAUCCCCAUAGCGGUGGAUACUAGUACUUCCUCUAACGACCGUCUCGUAGCACGCAAGAGGGGUUCCGGUGACGGUGUGCCCCACACACGCGAGCGAAAGAAAGCUUGA